AGCCCCGCGCCGCCCGGCCCUUGUGCGCAGGCGCAGGGCUGCCCGCCGAGCUUGGAGGUGUGGCGCCUCUGUGUGGCCGCCGGGCCGGAGCCGAUCGCUGGUGAGGUGGCGUAGGCUGGACCCAGGCGCUCCUGCUGCCCGCGAUGCCGAGGCCGGACCCGGGACCCUGGACUCUCCGGUCGGUUCUCGGCGUGUAAGGCGCAGAGGGAGCCCAUGGCGGAGGCCUGUGAGGAGGGCGGCGGCAGCCUGGCGGCGGAGGAGGAGGAUGAGGAGCGGGAACCGCUCCUGCCGCGGGUCGCCUGGGCCCAGCCGCGGAAAGGCGCCCCGGGCAGCGCCGUGCGGCUGCUGGAGGCUGCGGGGGACGCGGGGGACGGGAGCGAGGCCGGCGACAGAGAAGAGCUGCUGCUUCCCGGGGACUCGGCCGGCUGCGCCUCCCGGGACAUGGGGAUCCCACGGACGUCACCCACCGACCUGGACAGGAGCCGCCUCUCAGGUGCAGCAACUACUAGUAUCUCAGAGAUGAAUGCAUUCUUGGAUGAUCCAGAAUUUGCUGAAACUAUAUUGAAAGCAGAGCAAGCAAUAGAACUGGGAAUUUUUCCUGAAAGAAUCUCUCAAGGUUCAAGUGGAAGUUACUUUGUGGCAGAUCCUAAGGGGAAAAUUAUUGGUGUGUUUAAACCCAAAUCGGAAGAGCCUUAUGGUCAGCUGAACCCAAAAUGGACCAAAUAUGUACAUAAGGUCUGCUGUCCUUGCUGCUUUGGCAGAGGCUGCCUGCUUCCUAACCAGGGAUAUCUUUCUGAAGCCGGUGCCUACCUUGUGGAUGAAAAACUUCACCUGGGCAUUGUCCCAAAAACAAAGGUUGUUUGGCUUGUCAGUGAAACGUUUAACUACAGCGCAAUUGAUCGUGCAAAAUCCAGAGGCAAGAAGUAUGCUCUGGAAAAAGUGCCAAAAGUGGGUAGAAAGUUUCAUCGGAUAGGGCUCCCUCCUAAGAUUGGUUCCUUUCAGUUAUUUGUUGAAGGUUACAAGGAGGCUGAAUAUUGGCUUAGGAAAUUUGAAGCUGAUCCUUUGCCUGAGAAUAUUAGAAAACAAUUUCAGUCACAAUUUGAAAGAUUAGUUAUUUUGGAUUACAUCAUCAGAAACACAGACAGGGGAAAUGAUAACUGGUUAAUCAGAUAUGAAAAGGAGAAAUGUGAGAAGAAAACUGACCGUGAGGAAUCAAACUGGACCCAUGAUGAAAAGUCACUUAUUAAAAUAGCUGCAAUUGAUAAUGGUCUAGCAUUUCCUUUUAAACAUCCUGAUGAAUGGAGAGCAUAUCCAUUUCACUGGGCAUGGCUUCCCCAGGCAAAAGUUCCUUUUUCUGAAGAAACAAGAAACCUGGUUCUUCCAUUUAUUUCUGACAUGAACUUUGUACAAGAUUUGUGUGAAGAUCUUUAUGAACUCUUUAAGACUGACAAAGGAUUUGACAAAGCUACUUUUGAAAACCAGAUGUCUGUGAUGAGGGGUCAGAUCUUAAAUCUUACUCAGGCGUUGAAAGACGGGAAGAGCCCCGUGCAGCUGGUUCAGAUGCCUUGUGUGAUCGUGGAACGCAGCACAGGAGGAAGCCAGGGUCGCAUCGUCCACCUCGGCAGCUCCUUCACCCAGACUGUGCACUGCAGGAAGCCGUUUUUCUCCUCCUGGUAGCAGAUGUUAAGAAGCAGAAACAAGCUAGUACCGUCAUGUUGUUACAGCAUUGCAGUCACGUAAAUCCAUUAUUAAGAUCUCCGGUUGCCAAAACCUUAAAUAAUCAAGCCUUUUAAAAUGUUAUAUUUUGAAUGUAAUCAAAAGUUUACAGCUUUUUUGUCCAAAUAUUACAUUUCUAUUACAGGGGGAACGUAACAUAUCUCCUAUAUUAUAUUUUUGCUGAAGUUGUA